AUGAAAGUCAGAAGAGAUGUAGAUUCCAAGCGUGUACCAAGACAUUAUUCAGUAGGAGAAAAAGUGCUGCUAAGGGUUAACCCUCGAAAGAGUUCUAUUAAGUUUGGAAAGUCAUCCAAACUAGCAUUGCGUUUCGUAGGUCCUUUUGAAGUCCUCGAAGAAAUUAAUCCUGUUGCUUACCGAAUAGCAUUGCUGCCAACUCUUGCUAGGAUGCAUAAUGUUUUUCAUGUAUCAUACCUUAAGAAAUACAUACUUGGGGAUAAUCAUGUGAUUGAUUGGAAUGCCUUGCAAGUACAAGACCCAAGAGUGGUAAUAGUCGAGCCUCUCAAAGUACUUGAAACAUGCAAGCUCCACUUGCACAAAAAAGAGGUUUUGCAGUGUAAGGUCCAGUGGGAUCAAUAUGCAGAGGAUUCUGCUACAUGGGAAGAUUAUGCGGAAAUGAAGCAAAAAUCUCCUCAUAUUUUUAUUUCAUUUUGA